UAUUGUGGAAAACGAAGAAGGUGUAUUUGUAGAAAAGGAAGAGACUAUAAUUGAAGAAAAUAAGGAAAACGAAGAAGCCGUGUUUGAAGAUAUACUUAAAGAAAAUAGAGAAGAAGUCGCGCUUAAAUUUUAUACAUCUCAAUCUUUAACUCCUAAUGAAAGACAUGCACUUCUCUUCAAUGUCGGUGAACUAUUUGAAGUUUCGAUACAUGAUUUUGAUCAUGAAUGGUGGCCACUUGUUUCAAAUAUUUGGACCAGAUUUAGCUAUAAAAAUCAUAAAAACG